AUGGGUAGACGAGCUGUUUCGCCUACCGCUUCCGAGAAUGGUUUCGACAUCUCGAAUGCCCUGGCUGGAGGGGCUGGCCUAGACUCGGACGACGACAACACCCUCGCCGGUUUUGAACAACCUCAAGCCGUCGCCCUCGAUGCGCACGGGGGAGCCGGACUGGACGACGAUAGCGAUGGCGACGAAUUGUACAUUGCCGCUCAACAGGCUGCCAACAACAGAAAGACGAAGGAUGCGACGGGAAAGACAACCAAGAAGGGAGGAGGCUUCCAGUCUAUGGGUCUGAACGGACACCUGCUCAAGGCCAUUACUCGUAAGGGUUUCUCUGUACCCACGCCCAUUCAGCGCAAGACCAUCCCCGUCAUUCUGGACGGUCAAGAUGUCGUCGGUAUGGCCAGAACUGGUUCGGGAAAGACGGCUGCUUUCGUUAUUCCCAUGAUCGAGAAGUUGAAGUCGCACAGCGCAAAGGUCGGCGCAAGAGCCGUCAUCUUGUCGCCAUCGCGUGAACUCGCUCUGCAGACACUCAAGGUCGUGAAAGAGAUGGGCAAGGGAACAGACCUCAGGACAAUCCUGUUGGUCGGUGGUGACAGUCUGGAGGAGCAAUUCUCGUCCAUGGCCUCGAACCCAGAUAUUAUCAUCGCCACUCCUGGUCGUUUUGAGCAUCUGAAGAUUGAGAUGAACCUGGACUUGUCCUCAAUCAAGUACAUCGUUUUCGACGAAGCCGAUCGUCUGUUCGAAAUGGGUUUUGCUGCACAGCUGGCCGAGAUUAUGGUCGCUCUGCCUCCUAAUAGACAAACUCUCUUGUUCUCUGCUACUUUGCCCAGAUCAUUGGUUGAAUUUGCUCGUGCUGGUCUUCAGGAGCCCAAACUCAUUCGUCUGGACGCCGAAACAAAGGUCUCACCUGACCUUGAAACCGCUUACUUCUCCAUCAACACUCAGGAAAAGGAGGGCGCCCUUGUACACAUUCUAAGAGACGUCAUCAAGAUGCCCAGCGGUCCUACAGAGAGGUCCAAGCAGGCCAAGGAAGACAGCAUGAAGUCCAAGAAGCGCAAGCGUGGUCCCGAUGGUCCUGGUGCAAACGAAACCCCGACCGAACAUUCUACCAUUGUUUUUGCUUCUACGAAGCAUCACGUUGAAUACCUUUACAAUCUUCUCAGCCAACUCGGAUACGCCGUAUCAUAUGUCUAUGGUGCUCUGGACCAAACCGCCAGAAAGAUUCAGAUUCAAGAGUUCAGAUCUGGCCUUACAAAUAUUCUGGUUGUCACCGAUGUCGCUGCUCGUGGUGUUGAUAUUCCCAUUCUGGCCAACGUCAUCAACUAUGACUUCCCUUCGCAACCAAAGAUCUUUGUUCACCGUGUCGGUCGUACUGCUCGUGCCGGUAAAAAGGGAUGGGCCUACAGUCUGGUCACACAGAAGGACUUGCCUUACCUGCUCGACCUUCAGCUUUUCCUUAGUCGUAGAUUGGUUCUUGGAAGAGAGCCUACUGAUGAAAUCAACUAUGCCGACCAGGUCGUCCUGGGAACGCUCGUCAGAGCUCCCCUUGAGAUCUGCGUUGAGGAAGUCGGAAAACUUGUUGACGAAGAUGUCGACUUGUCCGGCAUACGCGAUGUCUCCGUCAAAGCUGAAAAGCAAUACGUGCGUACUCGCACUUCAGCCUCGUCCGAAAGUGCAAAGCGCGCCAAGGUUGUCGGCUCCUCUCCCCAUUACUCGGAAAUUCACACUCUGUUUGAGGACGAUUCAGAGGCUAGACACAUGGAGCUGGAAAGAGAGAAAAUGCUUGCUCGAGUGAGCGGGUUCCGCCCUCCGGAAACCAUUUUUGAGGUCGGCAAACGAGGUACCGCUAACGAGGCUACUGAAAUCAUGAGAAACAGACGAGCCAAAAUCCAGCCUCGUAAGCAGCAGGAGAAGGCUGCGGAGACGGAAGAAAUAGACGAAGACACUACAGUCUUUGACAAUGAUGACGAUGACCUACCUACAGGAGAUGUUGAUGUCGACCUCGAUGAAGCCUCGGAAGACGAGCUCGAAAUCACUUUCUCACAACCCGAGAAGAAGAAGGCAAAAGCAUCAGGUGCAGGUCAGGACUCGGAAUUCUUCAUGUCUUACACGCCACAAAAUAUCAAUAUGGCUGAAGACCGAGGUUACGGUGUUCACUCGGGCACGGAUGGAGGCCGCAAUACUCAUUUCUUGGAUGCUGCCCGCGGAGCCACUAUGGACUUAGCAAACGAUGACACAAAGGCUUUCGGUGCCCCUAGCAAGGCUGGCGGUCUUCGUUGGGACAGCAAGAGCAGAAAAUACGUGUCCCGUGCCAACGACGAGGACGGUUCCAAGGGUACGAAGAUGAUCACGGGUGAGAGCGGUCUCAAAAUCGCAGCCUCAUUCCGCAGUGGUCGCUUCGACAGAUGGAGGAAAGACAAUAAACUCGAUGUCCUUCCUCGCGUCGGAGAACUCGAACGUCCGGGCAACAGAAAUGGCAUUGACAACCAACGCUUCAAGCACAAGAUGGUUAAAGCACCCAAGGACGCUGACAAAUACCGAGACGAUUACUACAAACAAAAAGCAAAGGUGGAUGCAGCGAAGGAGAAACGUGUCGGCAGGUUCGAAAGUGGACCUGGCAAAAGCGAGCUCAGAGGUGUCGACGAUGUGCACAAACUCAGACAAGAAGCGCAGAAACGCCAGGAUAAGAAUGCCCGACCGCAAGGUUCGAGCAGUCGUGGCCGUGGUGGUGGUGGGCGCGGCGGACGUGGCGGAGCAAGCAGAGGAGGAUCUAGCCGAGGUGGGUUCGGAGAUCGUGGUUCAAGCAGUCGUGGUCGUGGUGGUGGUGGUGGUGGCCGAGGAGGUGGCCGUGGCGGAGGUAGAGGAAGAGGUGGCAGAAGCUAG